AUGGCGGCGCUGAGUCUGACUGUGAAUCCCGGAGACCCUCCCCUCGGAGCUUUAUUGACAGUGGAACAUGUUAAAGAAAACAUCAAAAUUUUGGUUGAAGAAGGGAAAGAGAACAUCCUUCGAGUUUCUGACAAUGUUACGUUCACUGAUGUGAAUUCCAUAAUUCGCUACUUGGCUAGAGUUGCAACUUCAGCUGGGUUAUAUGGCUGUAACCUGAUGGAGCGCACUGAAAUUGACCAUUGGUUGGAAUUUAGUGCUACAAAAUUAUCUUCUUGUACACUGUUUACUACCGCAAUCAGUGAGCUCAAUCACUGUCUGUCGCUGAGAACAUACUUAGUUGGAAACUCAUUGAGCUUAGCAGACCUGUGUGUUUGGGCCACACUAAAAGGAAAUAAUAAAUGGCAGGAGCAGUUGAAAGACAAUGUGACCCCACUUCAUGUAAAGCGCUGGUUUGGCUUUCUUGAAGCCCAACAUGCCUUUCAGUCAGUUGGUACAAAGUGGAAUAUUACUACACCAAAAAUCAGAGUGGCAACUGAGAAGAAACAAGAUAUUGGAAAAUUUGUUGAGCUUCCGGGUGCAGAGAUGGGCAAAGUUGUGGUCAGAUUCCCUCCUGAGGCCAGUGGUUACUUACAUAUUGGACAUGCAAAAGCUGCUCUUCUAAAUCAGCACUACCAGGUUAACUUUAAAGGGAAACUAAUCAUGAGAUUUGAUGACACAAAUCCAGAAAAAGAAAAGGAAGAUUUUGAAAAGGUUAUCUUGGAGGAUGUUGCCAUGCUUCAUAUCAAGCCAGAUCAGUUUACUUACACAUCUGAUCAUUUUGAAACAAUAAUGAAAUAUGCUGAGAAACUUAUUCAUGAAGGAAAGGCCUAUGUAGAUGAUACCCCUGCAGAAGAAAUGAAAGCAGAACGUGAACAGAGGACAGAAUCUAAACAUAGGAAAAAUUCUAUUGAGAAGAAUUUACAAAUGUGGGAAGAAAUGAAAAAAGGAACCCCAUUUGGUCAGACCUGCUGUUUAAGAGCAAAAAUUGACAUGAGUAGUAAUAAUGGAUGCAUGAGGGACCCAACUCUCUACCGUUGCAAAAUUCAACCACACCCACGAACUGGAAGUACUUACAACAUUUAUCCUACAUAUGAUUUUGCCUGCCCCAUAGUUGAUAGCAUUGAAGGUGUUACACAUGCUCUGAGGACAACAGAAUACCAUGACAGAGAUGAACAAUUUUAUUGGAUUAUUGAAGCAUUGGGCAUAAGGAGACCAUAUAUUUGGGAAUAUAGCCGUCUAAAUUUAAAUAAUACCGUGUUGUCUAAAAGAAAACUCACGUGGUUUGUCAAUGAAGGACUAGUUGAUGGAUGGGAUGACCCAAGGUUUCCCACAGUUCGUGGUGUCCUGAGAAGAGGGAUGACAGUUGAGGGUCUCAAACAGUUUAUUGCUGCCCAAGGCUCUUCACGGUCAGUUGUUAACAUGGAAUGGGAUAAAAUUUGGUCAUUUAACAAAAAGGUUAUAGACCCUGUGGCUCCUCGAUAUAUUGCUUUACUACAGAAGGAAGUAAUCACUGUGAAUAUACCUGAAGCUCAGGAAGAAAUGAAAGAAGUGGCUAAACAUCCAAAGAAUGUUGAUGUAGGCCUGAAGCCUGUGUGGUAUGGCCCCAGAGUGCUCAUUGAAGGUGCUGAUGCAGAGACUUUAUCAGAGGGUGAAAUCGUAACAUUUAUAAACUGGGGCAACAUUAUCAUCACUAAAAUACACAAGAAUUCAAAUGGAAAAAUUGAAUCCCUAGAUGGAAAAUUGAACUUGGAGAAUAAGGACUACAAGAAGACCACCAAGAUCACCUGGCUUGCAGAAACUACAAAUUCUCCUCUUAUUCCAACAGUGUGUGUCACUUAUGAGCAUCUGAUUACUAAGCCAGUUCUUGGAAAAGAUGAAGAUUUCAAACAAUACAUCAACAAGAAUAGCAAGCAAGAAGAAGUUAUGUUAGGGGAUCCCUGCCUUAAGGAUUUAAAGAAAGGAGAUAUAAUACAACUUCAGAGAAGAGGAUUUUUUAUUUGUGAUCAACCCUAUGAACCUUUUAGCCCAUAUAGUUGCAGAGAAGCCCCAUGCAUUUUGAUAUACAUUCCUGAUGGCCAUACAAAAGAAAUGCCAACAUCUGGCUCAAAGGAAAAGACUAAAUCAGAAACAACAAAAAAUGAGAUAACUACUUCAAAAGAAAAGCCUGCAACCCCUAUACAUAAGGACCUUGCCACCCCAGAGAAUGCUUUGACCCUUUACAAUAGAGUGUCUGCUCAGGGAGAUGUGGUGCGAGAAUUAAAAGCAAAGAAAGCGGCGAAGGAAGAUGUAGAUGUAGCUGUAAAGCAACUUCUGGCUUUGAAAGCUGAAUAUAAAGAGCUCACUGGCCUGGAAUACAAACCUGGGAAUCCUCCAACUUCAGUACAAAAGGAUUCCUCCAUGUUAGAAAAUUCCACUAUUUUAGACAGUAAAUCACUUUAUGAUCAAGUUGCCACACAAGGAGAAAUAGUUCGUCAACUCAAAACUGAAAAGGCCUCAAAGGAUAAAGUUGAUGAAGCUGUAAAACUAUUGCUCUCUUUAAAAGCUGAGUAUAAAGAAAAAACUGGGCAAGAAUACAAGCCUGGUCAGCCUCCAUUAUUUCAGAGUUCAGUUUCAAGUCCAGGCAGAAUAAUGGAAACCAGUGGUGCUGAUGCACCUGAAGCCAAAGCUCUAUUUGACCAAGUGGCUGCCCAAGGAGACGAAGUUCGGAAGCUAAAAGCUGAAAAAGCUUCCAAGGAUAAAGUUGAUGCAGCUGUACAGGAACUCCUAAAGUUGAAGGCACAGUACAAGUCUCUGACAGGAGUGGAUUAUAAACCAGUUUCUGCCACUGGGACUGAAGAAAAAGAUAAAAAGAAGAAAGAAAAGGAAAAUAAAUCUGAAAAACAAAAUAAAUCACAGAAACAAAAUGAUAGUCAAAAGAAAGAGUUUUCUAAGGAACAAGGUAGUGGGAUGUCUUCAAGUGGAGCAGGAGAAGGUCAAGGACCUAAAAAACAAACCAGAUUGGGUUUAGAAGCAAAAAAAGAAGAAAACCUUGCUGACUGGUUUUCUCAAGUAAUCACAAAAGCAGAAAUGAUUGAGUACUAUGAUGUGAGUGGUUGCUAUAUCCUCCGUCCCUGGGCCUAUUCCAUUUGGGAAGCCAUCAAAGACUUUUUCGAUGCUGAGAUAAAAAAAUUGGGUGUGGAAAACUGCUACUUCCCCAUGUUUGUGUCUCAAGGUGCUUUGGAGAAAGAAAAAACUCAUGUUGCUGAUUUUGCCCCUGAGGUUGCUUGGGUUACAAGGUCUGGCAAAACAGAAUUGGCAGAACCAAUAGCUGUUCGCCCGACUAGUGAAACAGUAAUGUAUCCCGCUUAUGCAAAAUGGGUCCAAUCACAUAGGGAUCUGCCAAUCAGACUUAAUCAGUGGUGCAAUGUAGUGCGUUGGGAGUUCAAACAUCCUCAGCCUUUUCUACGUACCCGAGAGUUCCUUUGGCAGGAAGGACACAGUGCUUUUGCUACAUAUGAGGAAGCAGCAGAGGAGGUCCUGCAGAUACUUGACCUAUAUGCUCGAGUGUAUGAAGAACUGUUGGCAAUCCCUGUUGUAAAGGGAAGGAAAACUGAGAAGGAGAAGUUUGCAGGAGGAGACUAUACCACUACAGUAGAAGCAUUUAUUUCUGCCAGUGGAAGAGCAAUCCAGGGAGGAACAUCACAUCAUCUUGGGCAGAAUUUUUCUAAAAUGUUUGAGAUUAUUUUUGAAGACCCAAAGACACCAGGAGAGAAACAGUUUGCCUAUCAAAACUCUUGGGGGCUUACAACUCGAACUAUUGGUGUAAUGACGAUGGUUCAUGGGGACAAUAUGGGUUUGGUCCUGCCACCCCGAGUAGCCUGUGUUCAGGUUGUUGUUAUUCCUUGUGGAAUUACAAACGCACUCUCUGAAGAAGAUAGAGAAGCAUUAAUCAGGAAAUGCAAUGAUUAUCGAAAACGACUGCUUGCAGUUAACAUUCGAGUCCGAGUAGAUUUAAGAGACAAUUAUUCACCAGGUUGGAAGUUUAAUCAUUGGGAACUCAAGGGGGUUCCAAUUAGACUUGAAGUGGGACCACGUGAUAUGAAGAACUGUCAGUUUGUGGCAGUUAGACGAGACACUGGUGAAAAGCUGACAAUUGUUGAAAAGGAGGCUGAAACGAAGCUUCGUGAUAUUUUGGAGGAGAUCCAGGUUAACCUUUUCAAAAGAGCAUCUGAAGACCUCAAAACUCACAUGGUUGUAGCCAAUACAAUGGAAGAAUUUCAGAAAGUUUUGGACUCUGGAAAGAUGGCUCAGAUUCCUUUCUGUGGGGAAAUUGACUGUGAAGACUGGAUCAAAAAAACUACAGCCAGAGAUCAAGAUCUUGAACCUGGUGCCCCUUCAAUGGGAGCAAAAAGCCUUUGUAUACCCUUCACACCUCUCUGUGAGCUGCAGCCUGGAGCCAAGUGCAUCUGUGGCAAGAAAUCUGCCAAGUUCUACACCUUGUUUGGCCGCAGUUACUAGGGAAGAUGACUAUUGCUGAGCUUCUUAAACUUUUUUUUUAAAAUAAGAUUGAUAUCUUCUCAAAAAUAACCUGUUUUGUGACUUUUUAAAUAAAAAUUCCAAAAGCAGAGCCAUAAGAGACAGUUAAAAAAAAAUCAUACUCUUAAAAUAGCAGUAAUAAAGAUUUUUCUGUAAACAGUUCUAACAAUAAAUAUGUACUGUGAUUAUA